AUGGCCGAACACGAGUUUCCGGCCGCUCAACUGCACGGGGAGAAACACAAAGUGGAUGAUGAUUCUGUGAAAGCCAUCCACGACAUCACUGGGGGCCCACUCACGGCAGAUACAAAGGCACUCCCAACUCUUAAAGAGCACGGCUUCAUCGGUGACAGGGAGAGACCACAUUCCCCGAGCGAGGAUACCGAAAUUGGCCAAACCGAAGAUGGAUUGGAGCCGAACGAGCAAGAAAAGAAACAUUUGCGUCACGUUGGCGAAAGCCUCCCUUUUUCCACCUUCCUGGUUGCUUUUGUCGAGCUGUGUGAGCGUUUCACCUUCUACGGUUGUCAGGGUAUAUUCCAGAACUAUGUCCAGCGACCGCUUGAUGGAUCUCAGGGGCGAGGCGCCCUGGGAAUGGGACAUCAAGGCGCAACAGGACUGACUACUUUCUUUAACUUCUUCUGCUACGUCACACCAAUACUGGGUGCGAUCGUUGCCGACCAGUACCUGGGCAAGUACAAGGCCAUCCUUUACUUCUGCGUGGUCUACCUGAUUGGGCUUUUGAUCCUGUUUACGACUUCAUUGCCGGUCUCCCUGCAGAAUGGGGCCGGCCUCGGCGGGUUCAUCACAGCGAUCAUUGUUAUCGGCAUUGGAACUGGAGGGAUCAAGUCGAAUGUUGCCCCGUUGAUUGCGGACCAGUAUAAGCGCAGGAGAAUGGUCAUGUCGACGACCCCGAAAGGCGAGCGAAUCAUCAUCGACCCAGCCGUGACCAUCCAGCGGAUCUACAUGAUCUUUUACACCUGCAUCAACAUCGGUGCCUUGUCUCUCCUGGCGACGCCGUACAUGGAACGCGACGUCGGCUUCUGGUCCGCGUACUUGCUCUGCUUCUGCAUGUUCUGCGCCGGCACCGCGGUUCUCAUCAUGGGGCGCAACAUCUACGUCGUCCGGCCACCCCAGGGGUCCAUCAUCACGGACGCGUUCAAGGCAGUUUGGCUCAUGAUCAAGCACCGGGACCAAAACGCGCCGAAGCCGAGCUGGAUGGCGGAAAGAGGCAUUCACAAGACGGUCCCGUGGAACGACCAUUUCAUCGAAGAGUUGAAGAGAGCGCUGGUCGCCUGCCGAGUCUUUGUCAUCUAUCCAAUCUACUGGUGUGUCUACGGACAAUUCAGUGGCAACUUUGUCACCCAGGCCGGUCAGAUGCGAGGACAUGGAAUUCCCAACGACUUGAUGCAGAAUUUUGAUCCGAUCUCCAUCAUUGUCUUUGUGCCCAUCUUGGAUAGAUUCGUCUACCCUCUUUUGAGAAAGAUGCACAUCCCUUUCCCACCGAUCAAUCGAAUUGUCUUGGGAUUCUGGAUCGCAUCCCUUGCCAUGAUGUACGCCGCAAUUGUGCAGCACCUAAUUUACAGCUCCGGACCGUGUUAUAAGCAGCCACUGUGCGACGCGUCGCUUGUCGAUGGCGUCGCUGAGGGCAACAAUGUGCACAUUGCGAUCCAAGCCCCAGCUUAUAUGCUCAUCGGUAUCUCCGAAAUCUUCGCCUCAGUGACAGGUCUGGAGUACGCAUACACAAAGGCUCCCCCGAGCAUGAAGUCUUUUGUGCAAUCCAUCUACCUCCUUACCAAUGCGUUUGGUUCCGCGCUAGGAGAGGCACUGACGCCAGUGGCUUAUGACCCUGCCAUCCUGUGGAUGUUUGUGGGACUUUGCAUUGCGAGCUUCUGCGCUGGAUGCCUGAUUUGGAUCCUGUUCCAUGGGUUGAAUGAAAGGGAAGAAGAGAUGAAUGCACUGGACGACGAUGUCGAGGAGGAAGGCGGAUAUCGCAAAGGAAGCAAAGUUACAUAUUGA